AUGGCGACAUAUCUCACGCCUAUGCCACCGUUUGACCCUGAUGCUGACGCGGGAGGAAAUAUAGCGGCUAAAUGGCGUACUUGGUUGGCAGAUUUCAAAACAUUUCUAACGGCGAGCAACAUUACAAACAAGACACGCCAACGAGCAUUACUUUUAUACCAAGCAGGACCGCGAGUACGGGAAAUCUUUCGACACUUUCCAGACCCUGGUAACGACGACGACUUCGAUAAAGCGACGGAACUUCUCACCGAAUACUUCGAGCCUCAAAAAAAUCGAUUAUACGAAGUCUACAAAUUUCGACAAGCAAAACAGAGCGACACGGAAACGAUAGAUCAAUACCACACGCGUCUACGAACACUGUCAAAAAACUGUGAGUUUUCAGAUGUAGAGUUCGAAAUUAUGGUACAAAUUGUUAUUGGAGGAAAGUCAAGUCGCGUGCGUAAACAAGCGUUGCGAGACCCCAAGUAUGUUUUAAAAGAUCUUUUGCUCGCAGCCAGGCGGGAAGAAAUAAGCAAGACGCAUGCAGCUGACAUUGAAGGACAUUUAGACAGCUGCAAUAUUCAAGCAGUUAAAACGCCAACCGCGAAAGAAACAAAACACAAGACAUCCAAUAAGACAUGUUUUUACUGUGGUGGCAGCUACCCUCACACCAACAAACCGUGCCCUGCCAAAAACAAGACAUGUGCCAAUUGUGGUUAA